AAAAAAAUUCUCAUUCCUGAAACCGCCAAACCUGGUUGACUUGUCAGAGUGCAUUUCACACAUUCCUGGUAGCACGGCUAUAGGCUACGCCUAGUACGAUCACAGCUGGAGGGACAGAAAGCAGUGGUGUGAUCACACUCAGCCCUUGCUUCACAUUGGGAUCGUUGCAGAACUGGGUAUCGGUGUGGGGACAAAAGACCUGGAAGGCUGCAAGAUGAGCUGUGCAGGGCUGCAAAGAUUCUCUGGGACUAUAGAACAAAAGGCAGUACAUUAAGGUGAAGGUAAAUGUACCCAGACAUGGAAGAAAAGAAAAGCUCAUCAAAGCUGAGCAAAACCAAACAGCCAGUGAAAACAGAAUGGGGGGCCCAGUAUGUGGUAUUUACUUACUUCCAAGGAGACAUUAAUAGUGUGGUAGAUGAACAUUUCUCGAGAGCUUUGAGUGCUACUAAAACCCCACAGGAUUUGAGUAGGAAGAACAAGAGUGAGGACAUUGUCCUCAAAAAUGACAGCCACAUGACUCCCCAUCAGUGGAAUUUCUCACCUCCUUGGGCUAAACCAUACCAAACGUCCCCUCCUUUAAACCUCUCCAGCUCUGACCUACAUGCUCCGGCUCCUGUGGCUACAGACCCCUUCCAGCCCUCCAUUCUACAAGGCGUUCCUCCCCCGGGUUCGGAUCUAUGGCAUUUGCCUUCAGUGAGCCAUCCCAAUUUGACCUCUCCUUCGGAAUACCCUUCCUCUGUACCUGACCUGCAUAUGGCACAUGGAUCCACGUCGGAUGGGAAAUAUGGUUCUUUGCUUGGUCUUUUGCAACCGGAAAGGUGUCCUCCUUCUGUGCAAGAGUCUACAGAUUCCAGCACAGCUUGUCUUUCUGGCUCUGCAAGGUUACAAAACAUGAGUCACAGUCUAACUUCUGGGGGAGGUAUUCAGACUAGUGAUGUGAGGAGAGAUUUAUACUUUUAGGAAAUGGAUGUGUUUGCCUAUUAAUUCUUCCCUGUGGAUGUUAAAAACAAAUCUGUGAUUAAGAGAAGCUGAAGAACAUCUGUGAGUUCUCAUCCUCUUCAGUCACCUGCUAGUUACAUAAAUUCAUGUGUGUUUGAAACGUAUACACAGACUUUGAAAUUCUCACAUAGCACACACUUUAUUGUCUUCCUUGUGGUUGCUGUCUUGUGCAUUGCCUUAUGUAUGGAAAAGCUCUCCAUCUGGAAGUAAUGCAUUUCCUAAUUUGAAUCCAAGGGGUCAAAGGCCUGCCUCGCUUUCCAAUGCAGUGGUGGUGAUGACUGUAGCUGGGGACAGAGGUGGUGGG